UAUAUAUAUAUAUAUAUAUACAGACUCUUUGCAAAGGAAAAGAGACUAGUCCCCACCAUGGCCAUAGGCGACCUCCUCCACUCCAUGUCCACCCUGGUCCUCACGUGCACCCGGCACGUGUCGCGUGCCUCCCGGAAGCUCGGCCUCGUCCUCACCGGCCGCAAGCCGCCGUCCGUGCCGUCGCUCCUCUGCCUCAGUCCCGGUCGUCGCCGAAAGAAACAGCUCACUACUCCUCCAGCAGCUGAAGAGAGGAACCGAAUCAUCGGUGCAAUGGCGGAGGACUACGAUGAGGACGAGGACGAGGAUGGGGUGUGGCGGCGCACGAUACUGCUGGGGGAGCGGUGCCAGCCGCUGGACUUCUCUGGGGCUAUCCACUAUGACAGCCGCGGCCGCCGCCUUCCAGACCCCGCCCCGCGCCGCGCCGCGCGGGCAGCCCGCCCUCCUCCUUUGCAUAUCGUUCUGCAGUCUUCUCAGCUGAAACUGCCGCCGUAGAAAAAGUAGCAGACACUGCUGCUGGCUAUUAAUAAUAAUCUUAUUACAUCUUAGUUUCA